AUGGUUACAGCUUGGGACUUUUCUAAUGCUGGACAGAUCUUCGCCUGGAUUGCCUUUGGCACCAUCGGUCCCUUCUACAUCGGCACCGAAAUCGAGGGCUUGGUCAUCCUCUUCCACCCGGACUACGUGGCGAAGAAAUGGCACAGUACGCUGCUCAUGUGGGCGAUCAUAAUCAUUCCAUUCAUUGUCAAUGUCUGGGCCCGGCGUCUUCUGCCUGCAAUUGAAGUCAUUGGAGGCAUCCUGCACAUCAUCUUCUUGCCGGUCAUUCUGGUCACGGUGAUUGUCCUGGGCCCGCGCAAUCCGUCGUCCUUUGUGUGGGCCACUUUCGUUGAUAACAUGAGUGGAUGGGACAAUGACGGUGUAAUCUGGUCAAUUGGUCUUCUCACCGCCGUCGGUUGCGUAUACGGCUUUGAUGGUGUCGCCCAUAUGGGGGAGGAAGUCAAGAAUGCCAAGAAAGCCGUUCCGCAAGCAAUGGUCUAUGGAGUCCUAAUUAACGCUGUCGCCGGGUUCGGAUUCCUCGUUGGCAUCCUGUAUUGUAUGGGAAACAUGGAAGCAGCCCUGGAAUCCAAGACCGGGUAUCCCAUCAUGGAAAUCUUCUACCUCGCCACAGGAUCCAAUGCAGGAACAGUGGUUUUGACCCUGCUGAUCAUGCUGCCGGGAUUCAUCGCUUCUUUCAACGGCAUGGCAUCCGUGAGUCGACUGCUCUGGUCAUUUGCCCGCGACAACGGGCUCCCUUUCUCCAAAUUCUUUGCGCAUAUCUCGCCCCGGUACAAGAUCCCCAUGCGCUGUCUUUACUUGACAGUUGCCAUUCAGAUUAUUCUAUCGCUCAUCAACAUCGGCUCGACAACGGCCUUCUUUGCGCUUCUGUCGCUGAGCAGUCUUACCUUUUACAUCUCGUAUCUCAUCCCUCUUGUCUGCCUUGUGUGGCAACGGAUGCGUGUUCCCAUCGAAUGGGGGCCAUGGUCUCUAGGGAAAUGGGGUCUCCCUUUGAACCUCAUCUCAAUCGCGUUUAUCAUUUACAUCUCCAUAUUCCUCCCUUUUCCGGCACAGAUGCCUGUCACUGCCGCCAAUAUGAACUAUGCCUCGCUGGUCUUCGGGGCUGUCGUGAUAUUUUCCGUCGUGGAUUGGUCUUUGCGGGGUAGGAAGAAAUGGUCCGGUCCGAGUCUCGAGAUGGAUGCAGAAUAG